UUUUUAAAAAACCCAAUCUCCAAUUGUCGUUCGCCUCCCUCUUCUAAACAAUUCUCUGCUUCAUUCUCAAGCUAUCCUCUCUCUCUCUCUCUCUAUAAAAUCCUCUGCCUCUCUCUGUCCAAACUAAUUCGUCUAAUCUCUCUCCACCUUUCAAGAAUCUUCAUCUCUCCUAGGGUUUUCGCUUCGGGUUUUAGUUUCCGUUUUGGGUGCGUACGGUCACUAGGGUUUAUCAGUGAGUGUAUAUUCUUGGGGGGCGAUGGCGGCCGAGAAGCUUAGGGACUUGAGCCAGCCGAUCGACGUGGCCUUGCUCGAUGCUACCGUCGCGGCCUUCUAUGGCACCGGAUCUAAGGAAGAGAGGACAGCAGCGGACCAAAUUUUGCGGGACUUACAAAAUAAUCCAGAUAUGUGGCUUCAAGUUAUGCACGUCCUACAGAACACAAAGCACCUCAACACCAAGUUCUUUGCCUUGCAGGUUUUAGAAGGUGUUAUAAAGUAUCGGUGGAAUGCAUUGCCUGUUGAACAGCGAGAUGGAAUGAAAAACUACAUAUCUGAAGUUAUUGUGCAGCUCUCAAGUAAUGAGGCUUCUUUUCGAAUGGAAAGGCUGUAUGUCAACAAGCUCAAUGUUAUAUUGGUUCAGAUAUUGAAGCAUGAAUGGCCUGUCAAAUGGCGAAGCUUUAUUCCUGAUCUUGUUGCAGCAGCUAAAACUAGUGAAACAAUUUGUGAGAAUUGCAUGACUAUAUUGAAACUUCUAAGUGAAGAGGUUUUUGAUUUCUCAAGGGGAGAGAUGACUCAACAGAAGAUCAAAGAUCUUAAACAGUCGUUGAACAGUGAAUUUCAACUUAUUCAUGAGUUAUGCUUAUAUGUACUAUCAGCAUCUCAGAGAGCUGAGCUUAUACGCACUACAUUAUCCACAUUGCAUGCUUUCCUUUCAUGGAUUCCCUUGGGUUAUAUUUUUGAGUCCCCAUUGCUUGAGACACUCCUAAAACUUUUUCCAGUGCCAUCAUAUCGGAAUCUUACCCUUCAAUGUUUAACAGAGGUCGCAGCCCUUAAUUUUGGGGACUUCUACAAUGUGCAGUAUGUUAAGAUGAAUAGUAUAUUUAUGGUGCAGUUACAGGCCAUCCUUCCCCGUACAACAAACAUCCCAGAAGCUUAUGCACAUGGAUCUAGUGAGGAGCAGGCAUUUAUUCAGAACUUGGCACUGUUUUUUACCUCAUUCUACAAGUUUCAUAUCCGGGUGCUGGAAACCACUCAAGAGAAUAUAGCUGCCUUGCUAAUGGGUCUUGAAUAUCUUAUUAGCAUCUCAUAUGUGGAUGACACAGAGGUUUUUAAGGUUUGCUUGGACUAUUGGAAUUCCUUGGUUUUAGAACUGUUUGAGGCUGAGGCACACCAUAAUCUUGAUAAUCCUGCAGUUGCAGCUGCAAAUAUGAUGGGACUGCAGAUGCCAUUGCUCCCUGGAAUAGUUGAUGGCCUUGGUCCGCAACUUCUGCAAAGGCGGCAACUAUAUGCUGGCCCAAUGUCUAAGUUGAGAAUGCUCAUGAUCUGUCGAAUGGCUAAGCCUGAAGAGGUUCUCAUAGUUGAAGAUGAAAAUGGGAAUAUUGUUCGUGAAACCAUGAAAGACAAUGAUGUUCUUGUUCAAUAUAAGAUCAUGAGGGAGACACUUAUCUAUUUGUCACAUCUUGACCAUGAGGACACUGAAAAACAGAUGUUGAAAAAAUUAAGUAAACAACUGAGUGGAGAGGAUUGGACAUGGAACAACUUGAACACGUUAUGCUGGGCAAUAGGAUCUAUAUCUGGCUCCAUGAUGGAAGAACAGGAAAACAGAUUCUUGGUGAUGGUGAUUCGUGAUUUACUGAAUUUAUGUGAAAUCACAAAAGGGAAAGAUAAUAAAGCUGUUAUUGCAAGUAACAUUAUGUAUGUUGUUGGACAGUAUCCUAGGUUUUUGAGAGCGCAUUGGAAAUUCUUGAAAACUGUUGUGAACAAGUUGUUUGAGUUCAUGCAUGAAACUCAUCCAGGAGUUCAGGAUAUGGCCUGUGACACAUUCUUAAAAAUCAUUCAGAAGUGCAAGCGUAAAUUCGUAAUUGUACAGGUUGGAGAGAACGAACCGUUUGUAUCCGAACUUCUAUCAGGCCUCGCAACAACAAUUGUUGAUCUUGAGCCUCACCAGAUCCAUACAUUUUAUGAAUCUGUUGGUCACAUGAUACAAGCAGAAUCAGAUCCCCAGAAACGGGAAGAAUACCUUCAGAGGUUGAUGGAGCUACCAAAUCAGAAAUGGGGUGAGAUUAUAGGGCAGGCACGCCAAAGUGUUGAUUUCCUGAAGGAUCAAGAUGUAAUCCGGACCGUGCUUAAUAUUUUGCAGACAAAUACAAGCGUUGCCACUUCACUUGGAACGCAUUUCUUAUCUCAAAUUUCUCUGAUCUUUUUGGACAUGCUUAACGUGUACAGAAUGUACAGUGAGCUGAUAUCAAGUAGCAUUGCAGAAGGAGGGCCCUUUGCAUCUAAAACAUCCUAUGUAAAACUAUUGCGGUCAGUUAAAAGGGAGACUCUUAAGCUCAUUGAAACGUUCUUGGACAAGGCUGAAGAUCAACCACAGAUUGGAAAGCAAUUUGUGCCCCCAAUGAUGGAUCCUGUUCUUGGUGACUAUGCUAGGAAUUUGCCCGAUGCUAGAGAAUCAGAAGUUCUGUCACUUUUUGCCACAAUAAUAAAUAAGUAUAAAGCUGCAAUGAUAGAUGAUGUACCUCGCAUAUUCGAGGCAGUUUUUCAGUGCACAUUGGAGAUGAUUACAAAAAACUUUGAAGAUUACCCAGAGCAUCGUCUCAAGUUUUUUUCUUUACUUCGAGCAAUUGCUACACAUUGUUUUCCUGCAUUGAUUCGUUUAUCAAGUCAGCAACUAAAGCUUGUCAUGGAUUCCAUUAUAUGGGCAUUUCGGCACACAGAAAGGAAUAUAGCUGAAACUGGGCUGAACCUUUUAUUGGAAAUGUUGAAAAACUUUCAGAAUUCUGAGUUCUGUAAUCAAUUCUACCGAACAUACUUUCUAUCAAUUGAGCAAGAAAUAUUUGCUGUCUUGACGGACACCUUUCAUAAGCCUGGGUUCAAGUUGCAUGUACUUGUGCUUCAACACUUGUUUUGCCUGGUGGAGUCUGGUGCAUUGACGGAGCCUUUGUGGGAUGUUGCUACGGUUCCUUACCAAUACCCGAAUAACACAAUGUUUGUUCGUGAGUACACCAUAAAACUACUGAGCACAUCAUUCCCUAACAUGACUGCAUCAGAGGUCACUCAAUUUGUAAAUGGGCUAUUUGAAUCAAGAAAUGAGCUCUCCUCAUUUAAGGAUCACAUAAGAGACUUCCUUGUGCAAUCAAAAGAAUUUUCUGCUCAGGACAAUAAAGACCUUUAUGCUGAGGAAGCCGCUGCUCAGAGAGAGAGAGAGCGACAACGGAUGCUUUCUAUUCCUGGGCUUAUUGCCCCCAAUGAGAUACAGGAUGAGAUGUUGGACACAUAAGAUGGCUAAUCGCGCGAGGGAUCUAACCUCGUGCGCUUCUGUAACUUGAGUUGCAAUGGGGCACCUUGAUUCCUUCGUAUAUCAGAUUCUGUAGAUGCAUGGUCCGUGGACAGGAAAACAGCAAGCAAUUUUGCCCAUUGUUGUGUCCCUCCUGUUCCCCAGGAUUUUCUUAUUGAAACUGGUAUAAAUUACUGAGGUGCUUGGGCGAAAAGGUUUGGGUGCUGGCGAUACUGCCAAUUUGUCUCCUCCUGGCUGGGUGUAGAUGAUCUAGUUGCUAAUGUAGGGAGAAAUUUGAGUUUGAGUCAGUGUAGGGGUUUUGCUGGAUCCAGCUUGAUAUUGUGUUUGCAGGAUGAGAUGCGGACUAUUUAAAUGGUUCAUCACCAAGUAUCGAUGAUUCGGCGUAACGUAUACUAACCGUGGAGGCUUGUGCAGAAAUUCCUUUGGUUCAUAGAAUGUGAUAUUUUUUUAUUUUUGCUUUAGGGCAACUCUUCCUAGAUUUUUUUUAAAUCCCUACAGGUUUUAGUGAAAUUCAAGUAUUGGUUGCAGUUAAUUCAGGGUAAUCUCUUGGGUUUA